AUGGGUGCUACAGUGCCAAUGCUCGUGGAUAUCCGGAUGUUGCGCUGGUUGGAGAAUAUUACGAUAUUGUCGCAAGUGUAUGGAACCUCAGCGUUGUCUCCGUCAUGGGCAGUAAUGAUUGCCUUGAUCAAUGGUUACCGGAUCAGUGAGGGAAAGUCUACAUUGGGAUUCCUGAAACGUUUGCUCCGUAGAAGUGCGAGGUCAGCAUUGAAUGAUAUCACAACUGGUCACAACCACGCGCGUGGUACUUAUGGAUAUCCUGCAGUAACGGGAUGGGAUCCAACGACUGGAUUGGGCUUUUUGAACUUUGCAAAGUUGAGGAAAGCUCUUGGUUGA